AUGAAGGGAGACUUUGGCCCUCAAAAAGCUGGUGAUGCUCCGUUUGACCUCACCCUGCAUACUUUCGAGUCAGGCUUGCCCGACUUUGGGGCUUUUCCUGAUGAUCCUUCUCCUGAUCCCAAUGAUAUCGCUCAAGCCUCUUCUGGGACUGGUAGUCGCCCUGCCCAGAUGAAGGUUAGCGAUUGGAAUGAGGUUCUCGUGAAUAAUAAUCUUCUCAAUGGCUUCUUCAUCGAUCAAGAAACAGAGGAACUUUUCAGAGCACGCAAGACAGCUUUUAAGCUGGAGCCAAAUCCUAUCAACUCAUUUCUCUUCUCCCCUGGCACCCUGAGCUCUGUUUUGAAGUCGCAGAUCAAAGCGAAAGCCCAGAAGAUCGUGACAGAACUGCCCCUUGUUAGUAAAGUCGAGCUAGAUGUGCGCAGUCCAUCGUUAGGUUCGGCCAUGAAGGUCGGCCUGGCUUCAGAUCAUGACAGUACUGCUGGUUCAGAUGUUGGCUCUGAUGCUGGUGACCAAACUUCCAGUCAGGUUAGCACUGUCGGCUCGGAUCCUGGGGAUCCUAGCCUGCCUGCUGGGGUGCCUUUGGACAACUUGUAUCCUUUGUGGGAGAUAUGCGACGACUCCAGAAUCAGGAUCCAGGCAAUCUCCUCCCAGCUGCAACUAGCCUCGGCGCAGCAAGGCUUCUCAAGUGCAGACGUCAAGGCCGCUGUGGAUGCUAGUACCCUUUCUAUUGGAGCCAGUGCAUCUGCCGGCUUUGCAACAAGCAGCAAGUCGGCCAGCUCAUCUACAACCGGCAAAGCGACGACACAGAUGCAUGCUUCGUAUGAUUUUCCUCGCGUUCGUUUGUUCCUCGACGAGGACUGGAUAUCACUUUCACCUGAUUGCACCGCAGCACUUGCUGGCAUAAAGCAAAUUAAGAGCUACAAGGAGGUACUGGAGUUUUAUAACGCUUUCGGACAUCUCUUCGUCACUCGCACCAAGCUUGGCGGUUGUCUACGUGCGAUACAGCACUUGACACAAGCGCAGCAGUCGGCUAUGGGAUCAACCGAGGACGAGUUCAAAGCAUCAUUGGCGGCAUCGUUCUCUACUGCGACGGCAUCGGGAAGUGCCAGCUCCGUUGUAGAGAAAGGUUCAUCAAGCGAGAGCAAGUCAGCCUCUUCAAACAUGAACAGCUCAAUUGCCUGGGAGGCCCAGGGCGGCGAUACAACUCUGGGUAAUAACCCAAGCCUUUGGUGCACUACAGUCGAUAACUCAUGGUUCUGGCGGGUCGUGGAGCAAGAGGCUGUAGCGCCAAUUGAAUAUAUCAUUUCCAAAAUCCCUGGCCACGAAGACACCAAGGCCUUGUUCGCUGGGAUACUGCUGAACCACUUGAUGGAGACCACCCCAAUGGAAAUUCCCUGGAACGGCGCUAGCGGUGUAGCACUCGGAAGUGGCAUAUCUUCGUGCUGCAUCGUGACGGAACCUAGUGACAUCUUACGUCAAUCUGCGCUGGAGGUAUCAGCACCCGUCAAUAAGGCCAUCUCCUCAACACCUGAUGUUCAUUGGCAUGUCGUCUAUGACAAACUCAGCAUGCAGAGCUACCUAAGGCAGAGUUUCCUUCAGACAGUCAACGCUCUUGUGGGAACAAGACUGUACCCUAAUCUGGUUUGGCGGCUUGGCUGCAGCGAGCGUGCUUUCAGUGUUGUUCUCACCUUGCGAUCUGGUAUGCACUACCUCUGUGACUGA